AUGGCAAAUCAAGGUAGUGAUUGUCCUCUAAUUCCUGCAUUCUUUAAUCACUGGUGUGUGAAGAUGAAAACUAUAUUCAGAUCAUUAGAUUUGUGGGAGUAUGUUGAGGAUGGAUAUGAUGAACCUCCAUCUACCACAAAUCUACGUAAUCAAGAAUUAAAAGCAUUUAAGGAACACAGAAGGAAGAAUGCUAAGGCCAUUUCAUAUAUUCAGCAGGGGUUAAGCCCAAAUAUUUUCUUAAGAAUAAUUGGGGCAACUCAGGCUAAAGAAGUAUGGGAAAUUUUACAAAAAGAAUUCCAAAGGAAUGUUAAGGUGAAGAAUGCCACUCUCCAAACAUUGAGAAGAGAAUUUCAAAACUUGAAGAUGAAUGAGGCAGAAAAUGUGCAAGACUACUAUACAAAGAUUGUUAAAAUUGUGAAUGAAAUGAAAACAUUUGGUGAGGAGAUUAAAGACAACCAAAUUAUUGAGAAUAUCCUUGUGAGUUUAUCUCCAAAGUUUGAUUCUAUGGUGUCAAUAAUUGAAGAUAUAAAACAUAUCUCAUCAAUGAAGAUUCAAGAGUUGAUAGGAUCUUUGAUGACUCAUGAAAAAUCAUUUGAAAGUGCUUUCCAAUCAAAGCUAAAUAUCACCCCCAAGAAUGAUGAAGGUGGAGAAUCAAGCAGAGGUGGAAGAUAUGUCCGUGGAAGACUAUGA